CACUUUUGUCUUUAAUGCUGGUGAUUGUCUUUCAGUUAGUGUUAUGGGGCCGUUUCUCAACCUGACGCUGGUCACAAGCCUGUAAAUGUGCACACGAUAAAAUUGUUAAUCUACUUCUUAAAUGUAAAAUUAAGUAACGCGUAUUUCCGCUGUCUAGCCAAUCAAACCGAGUUUAAACGAAGCAGGAAGUGCCCGACAAUGAACCCUCUCUCUGCCUGUGUGCUCUUUGAUAAAUGUCUCAGUGAGACUUCGGAGUCGUCGGCGGAAUUCCCAGUGCGCGAAAAGUCUUCCUCAUAUCUGUUAUUUUUUUUUCUUUUCUGGGCCGGACAUGCUGAGCAUUUCUUGAUCAGAGUAUGGGCAAAUUCCAGUCCAAACACGCUUCGAAGCGCAGGCAGAGUCCGGAAGGAGGCAGUUUGGCAUCCAGCGUGCUGAGAGAGACGCAGCGCAGCCUCACAUGCAGAAGAAAGCUGACAGAGAACUUGUAUGUAGAAUUCAGGAAAAACACUUCUGAUCAUAACUGCGACCUUAAGGUGGUUCUGCCACCGGAGAAGACGCCUGACAGAGAGACCAAUUUCCACUUGCAGGGCAAGAAGCAAACAAAGAGGAGGAGCAGUCAUGCUGCAGACACGGAGUGCAACAUGCUGCCUGACGACAACUCUCGGCAGGAGUGGGUCUUCACACUGUACAGUUUUGACAACACCGGCAAGGUCACAAAAGAGGACAUGUCCAGUCUCAUGCACUGCAUGCAUGAGGUUUUAGAGACAUUGAUGAAGCAGCCUUGUGGUAGCACCACACCCCUCAGGAUCAAAUUAGUUGUAAAUCCAUCACAUUAUUCAAGCGUGGGCUCAAAGACAGAUGCAGAGAGGGAGCAGAGUGACUCUCAGGAGGCAGGAUGUCCGGUGAGAAGGCUCUACUGUGCAGAUGAAAACAAAGAGCGCAGAAACCACUACCUGGAUUUAGCUGGCAUUGAAAACUAUUCCUCCAAGUUUGAUAAUCCAGACUCACCUCCUCCUCAGCACCAUCUAGUGGUGCACUGUGAGAGCUCUGUGCACCCUGAGUCACGCCAAGGCCUCCCUAUUGUUCACUCCUUGAGAAGCAAGCCCAUGCCGGCAGGGAAAAAUAGGAACAGAGCAGAAAGAAGGUCCUGCCAGUUACAUGGACAGCACCCUGCUUCUUGGUGCCAUCCUACUCAGGCUCGCCUUCCAGCCUCCCAGAGUCUCCCGGGUCGCUCCCACAGCGCUAAGCUUCACCCCAGGGUACAAGAUUCUGCCUCGCCCCUUACACAUGCUGGCUUCCAGGCACAGCCAGGACAAGACAGGGAUAUAUUUUACAGCCUUCAGCAUUCUUGUGGGGUCCCACUGGCCCAGAAACAUGAGCACCAUCACCACCAUGAGCAUCAUCACCACCACUACCACCUGUCGUAACCUCAUAUGAUACAAAUAUAAGACAGGCCUGCUACCUUCACGAGCAGGCCGAGGUGCUGCAUGCUUUGGUCCAGACGUGGCCUCUUCCUGAGC